ACAACUGGCAAAAUCGAUAAGAAUUUUGUCGCAUUUUGUGUUAAUUUUGUAUUUACGGUCAUUUUAAAUGAUAAGCUAAAUCAAUUUUACAGUAAGAAUAGACUUAAAUUGAUCUCUCUCACAAUGAUCAAGGCAAUAUUAGUGUUCAACAAUCAUGGGAAGCCAAGACUGUCGAAAUUCUACCAAUACUUUAAUGAAGACAUGCAGCAGCAGAUCAUCAAGGAGACUUUCCAGCUAGUCUCCAAGCGCGACGACAAUGUGUGCAAUUUCUUGGAAGGAGGCAGUCUCAUCGGAGGGUCAGACUACAAGCUGAUCUACAGGCACUACGCUACCCUCUACUUUGUGUUCUGCGUGGACUCCUCUGAAAGUGAACUGGGCAUCCUAGACUUAAUUCAGGUGUUUGUAGAGACCCUAGACAAGUGCUUCGAGAACGUCUGCGAGCUAGACCUGAUCUUCCACGCGGACGCGGCGCACCAGGUGUUGGACGAGCUGGUGAUGGGCGGCAUGGUGCUGCAGACCAACAUGGCCGACAUACUCUGCCGGCUCGCCGAGCAGAACAAGAUGCAGAAGGCAGAGGCUGGUAUAUCAGCGGCGCCCGCGCGUGCGGUAUCAGCCGUGAAGUCGAUGAACCUGCCUCAGCAGUUGCGAGAUAUGCGUCUGCCGGACUUGCCGCAGGCUAUCAAGGAUCUAAAGUUCUGACCGUACACCCAGGGCGGUUACCCCCCAACGCCCGUUGCCAUAGCGACCAACAUCCUAAACUCGCUCUACCCUCAAAACGAAAAAUACCAAAACCUACACAAACCCACAGAAAACUUCGCAAACAAGUUCUUCGGAUCAGAAACUUUGAGCACGAAAUUUUCGGAAACGUUCUCGGAAAAUUACCAGCAAACUGAAGGCAUCAGUUUUCCAGAUUAUGAAAGUUCCAAAGCAGAUGGGUAUCAAGAUUUAAGUGGGACUACGGUGGAGUACGAUUAUACGGAUGUUAAAAAGAAAAAAAAGAAGAAAAAAAAACAGGGUAAAGGUUUUUAGGAUGGUAUAUAAGAUUGGCGAGAAUAAUGGACGGGGAAUAUUGUUUGUAAAGGAUAUUGUUAAAAUAUAGCUUAUAAGCCCAGAACAGACGGUGAAACGUAACUGCAACGAAACUGCAACUUUGUGAUGAUUCUGAUGAAUGAAACUGAAAGUUUCAAACUGGUCGCGUCAUGUGUGGUCUCUCAACGGACGCUAUGGCAGAAACUUAGAUGCAACUCAAAAGUAACUAGCAGUUGCAGUUUCGUUGCAGUUGCGUUUCACCGUGUUCUGGGCCAUACAGUAUAGGUGAAUUUCAAAUCUCAAUACUGUCCUAUUCUUAUACUUGUAGAAAAGAUUUAUACAAUCAUAGGUCACUUAACUCAGUGCCUGAGGUAUGCGGCACGGGAGGGGUGACAUUGACAUAAUAUGACGUGUUAGAGCAGUCUUUCCCAAAGUGGGCGAUAACGCCCCCUUGUGGGCGCUGCAGGCUUAAAGAAGGGCGGUAAGAGACCCAGAAAAAAAAUCGGGACGUUGUGUAGAGGCUUGGGAAACGUCAUCUACUAGGAGGAUUCUUAGACAUCGACUGAGCUCGACUAUUGACUACAAAAAUGGGGGGCGCUAAAAAUAAUUUAUUCUCAAAGUGGGCAGUAGACUAAAUAAGUUUGGGAACCACUGCCUUAGGCACUGACUGAGUUAGACCUGUAUAUUUUUGUUCUAAAGCGAUGUUCAUAACACGACCGUAGAUAUUUGUCUGUGAUUAAUUAAAGUAUUAACACAUGAUGACGUCACAUUUUCUUGUUAAUCCACUUUUUCGACAAUA